AUGAUGACAUUUGACAAUUAUAACACUACUAAAGAUAACAGUAGCUCAAACAACAAUACUACUGAUCAUGGUAAUAAUGGUCAUAACUCUCAUUUUUAUCGUCAAUGUUCUCAAGAAGGUGGUAACAAUCAACAAUCUCAAAGACAACCACCACCGCCAUCAUCGCAACAAGAUAUACACUUACAACAACAACAACAAUCUCUGCAAUAUCCAUUUAUGCAGAAUUUAAACACACGAGUUUCACCUACACUUCCAUUUCAACAAUCUAUUGGUAAUUUAAAUGGUGCACCUUCUAGUUUGACAACAGCAACUACUAUGAAUACUUCACCAAUAUGGAAUUCCCCAUUUAAUCUGCAACAGCAACCACCACCACCACCGCAACAACAACAACAACAAUAUUCCCAAAUACUGCCACAACAAUAUCAAUUUAGUAAUAGAAGAAAUUCUCUGAUUGAUUCCAGUAAUAUUUGGUCAACUAAUCCUACUUCUUCUUCACUUGGUGGUAACACUUCAGGAAUAUCCACAUCAAUAGGAGGUAACAAUAUGUGGUCAUCUUCAAAUUUGUUUUCUACACAACAACCUCAAACAGUGUCUCAACAACAAUCUAGUAAUAUAUUUGGCGCACCUCCAUUAUCAGCACCAGAUAAUUAUAUAAGUACUUCGUCUUCAUUUGGUCAUAAUAGAUCAUCCCUGAUUUCUUCUGUAUUUACAUCAUCUCCACCCCCGGCAGCAACAGCAGCAGCAGCACCACAACAACAACAAGUUCAACCAGCACAAUCAACACAACCACCAUCAUCACAACAACAGCCAUUAUUACAAUCAACAUCAGAUAUUUCCCCUACACAAAUAUUUGAUACCUAUGCAAAACGAGAUUCAUUUUCUGAUACAACAACAACAUCUACUGCUAGCAGUAACACCAUGACAACAAUGAUUUCCGAUAAAACCACCUUACAAAUGGUUGAUGAUUAUUUUGAAAAUGAUUGUCAUGAACGAGUUAAAGUGACGAUGAAAUUGUUGAAUGAACGAUUUUUCAAUGAAGAGAAAUUUUUAAGUGAUGCUUAUCAAUUGCCAAAAUUCCCCAUAGAAAAUUCAUUACGGAAUUAUCAAUUAAUUUUAGUUGGAUUUAAAGCUGGAAGAAUUGAUGUUUUUUAUUUACCAACAACCAACAACACCAAUAGUAGUAGUAGUACUACUCCUAUUUCACAACAAUCUAAUAAUGAUUUGAUGAAUUUAAAAGUUGGAGAUUUGGUUAUUGUAGAAGCUGAUCGUGGUCGAGAUUUGGGGAAAGUUUUCAAGAUGAAUAUAUCUAUUGAUGAAGCUAGAUUAUUGAAAUUGUUACAAUUUCAAGAACAACAAGCAGCAUUGAAAGAACACGUUGAUAAUAUUUUAGAUGAUAUUUCCGUUAAGAGUUUAUCUGACCAACAACAGCAACAACAACAACAACAACAAAGUCGUAGUAGUCAUCAAGGCACACAACAGAUGUCAUUUUCAUCAAAUACCACUGGUGGUAACUCUGGUAGUGGCUCUAUACCACCACCUCCACAACCACCACCAACAUUACAUUUCCCCAAAUCCAUCAUAUCAUUAGCUCAACCCAAUGAAAUCAUACAAAUUUUGAAUAAAAAACAAGAUGAAGAAAAGGCAUGUCGAUUAUGUCUUGCUAAAAUUGCUAAUGCCACUAGUGGAUCUUUGUUGGGUGGUCCAACAUCACCAGCAACUCAAGAUUUAUUACAAAUGAAAUUAAUUGAUGCUGAAUAUCAAUUUGAUCGGAAAAAAUUGAUUUUUUAUUAUUCGACUUCAAGAAGAAUUGAUUUUCGAGAUUUAGUAAGAGAAUUGUUUAGAAUUUAUAAAACAAGAAUUUGGAUGUGUGCCGUUAUUGGAUUACCUUAUCAAAUCACAUCAUCAAAUGCAAUGGGUCCAACAACUACAACUACCACCACAACGACAACCUUAACAUCUUUGUCAUCACCAUCGUCAAGAAGAAAUUCAAAUAGUCCACCAUUAGCACCUUCACAACAAAUACAACAACAACAAGGGAUAGCUCGAUCAGGAAAUUUUAUUAAUCCACUUAUGCAACAACCGGUGCAACCACCGCAACAACAACAACAACAACAACAACAACAACAGCAAUAUACUAGUAAUAGAAUAGACAGAAGAUUAAGUUUUCAAAUGCCAUCAUCAUCUACAUCCUCAACUUGUCAACAACAACAACAACUGCAAAAUAGAUCUAAUAGUUGUAAUUAUUAUCCUCCUUCAUUAAUUUCAUUUCAUAAUAAUCAACAAUCACAACAACAACAAGUACCCCAACAACCGCAGGAAUUUAUUCCUAGACGAUAUUCAGAUUCAAGGAGCGGGACCAUUCAACAACAACAACAACAGCAACCACAAUCAUUUGGCAGGUUUGGUGGUGGUUCAUUGAAAUUUCAAUUUCCUGAUCAUCAACAUCAACAACAACAAUUGAAUCCUCAACAAAAUUUAGGGUCUACUACUACAUCGUAUUUACAAGAAGAAUCAAUGAUGUUAUUAUCUCCAUCAAUACCAAUCUUUUCACAAAGACGUACUAAUAAUGAAAAUAAUGAUGAUAAUGUGAAAGAGAAUGAUGAAAAUGAAAAUGUAAACGAUAGGGAUAAGAAUGAAAACGAGGAUGGGGAUAGAGACGAACAAGAAGAAGAAGAAGAAGUCGAAGAUAUAUUUAAUAAUAAUCAUUCAGGAGAAUCAUUUGUUUUAAAAUCAUUAGUUGAUUCAAUCAAUCAUUAA